AUGGCCGCCCGAACGAAACUCAAUGUCCAGAACUUCCCUCGUCCGCCUUUGUUGCAACAGAUACCGAGACACAUAGUCAUCAAAUGGGGCGACCAGACGCUAGCUGACACGCGGUCAUCAUACUGGGUUCUCGAAACCACUCAUCCUCCUACAUACUACCUCCCCCGAGACGCGAUUAGCGACAGUUUCAAGCUCGUCCGCUCGCCGCCAGACAAGGCCUCGCUAUGUGAAUGGAAAGGCCGCGCCACAUACUGGGACGUCGUCAACACAUCGACAGGCGAAACCGUCCGAAACAAAGUCUGGAGCUACGAGGCGCCCACGCCUGCUUUCGCCGCGAUCAAAGGAUACCUGUCGUUCUAUGCCAAUGGUGUUCCUUGGGAAUGCUUCGUCGAUGACGAGAAGGUGACGCCACAGGAAGGCGACUACUACGGGGGAUGGGUGACGAGUGAGAUUGAGGGUCCGAUGAAAGGCGGGCCCGGAACCUGGGGGUGGUAG